AUGAAGUUUAUUAGCUUACCGCUCAAAAAGGCAGAACCUACAGAUUGGAUACAUCCAUUAAAGACUUACUUGGCUCAGAUUUAUGGCUCCUACUCAGACUUCGAGGACUCUGUGCAUCUGUUUGAUAAGCUACGUAUUGACAUCAUUCAUUCCAACAAGGAUAAUAUCGCUAAAGAGUUGUACUAUCAUUACUAUGGUCAAUUGGAAUUGCUUGAACUUCGCGUUCCAUUGCCGAUGCUUGGCGUUAAGUUCACUUGGUAUGACGCUUUUAAGCCAUCUGAAAAGACUACCCAGCAUUCUGCUGCAUUUGAGAAGGCCUCUAUAUUGUUCAAUCUUGGCUCACUACUCUCUAUUCUUGGAGUGCAGGCUGCUGCAGAGGACGAUUUGAAGGAGAGCUACUCAGAUUUUCAGAAGGCUGCCGGAGUGUAUCAGUUUAUUCAGGAGAACUUUAUGCAUGCACCCUCUGACGAUUUACAGGUCGAUACCGUCAAGGCUUUCUACAAGUUAAUGCUUGCACAGGCUCAAGAGGCCUUUUUAUUGAAAUAUCUGGCAAGUGGAGUUACUUUAAAGAUGUCUCUUUGUGCGAAAUUGGCCCAAGCCACUUCUAAUCUAUAUGCUACGUCUCAUGAUCUAACCUCUUCUAUUGACUACAUUCCUGCCGAGCAAGAUUAUUAUUGCAAAUUGAAGCAGAUGUAUUAUCAAUCGAUGGCUCAUUAUUAUAAUUCCAAGGGAUAUGUUGAAAAGGGUGAAUAUGGGGUUGGUAUAGCCAAUUUAAAGUUAGCUCAGACUGAUAUGGAUGGUUAUAAGAGAUACAAUCCCUCUUAUGAUCACUCUAUAGUGGAAAGCAUGAAGGAUCAUUUGGAUACUGUUGAGAUGGAACUUAAGCAGUUGGAUAAAGAUAAUGAUUUCAUAUAUCAUCAAAAUGUGCCUAAGGCUGUCGGCUUAUCUCCGAUAAAGCCUCUAGAGAGCAGCAAAGCAAUUCCGUUGAACGAGCAGCAAAUAGACUCGAUGGUUGGUCAUGACCUAUUUGAGAAGAUUAUUCCAAUGAGUGUCCAUGAGAAGUCUUCAUUGUAUUCUGAAGAGAAGGCUCAGAUUGUGAGAGAUGAAGAAGAUAGGUGCAGUACAGCAAGUGAGGUAUUCAAUUCGACACUAGAAUUUCUCAAGCUUCCUCAAUCUUUAACGGAGUUGAAACAAUUAUGCGAGCCACUUGAAGAAGUUGAUCAGCGUGCCUCUGAUGAGAUAGAUCCGAGAGUCUUGGCUAUAUCGGCUGAAGUCUCGAGUACAAAUGUUGAUCUUUCAGCAGCACAGAGAGUCAGAAGAGACAUUCAAAAUACUCUGCAGAGGUGUGAUCAACUUCUUUUGGAUGAUACUAAUCGUUAUGAGAAAAAUAGAGCUUUACAUGGAGCCCAGUGGACUCAAGAACUGUAUCCUUCGGAGCUUAUUCAGAUCAAAGAAGAUCUCGGCAAGGCUAGAAAAUCUCUUUUGGAUGCUGCCGAAUCCGAUAGUAAGAUUCAGCAACUGUACGAAUCUAAUCGAGCUGAUAUUGAUGUGUUGAAGUUUGGUCCUUCUGAUCCCAGAUUUGCGAAGAGUUUUUUGGAAGAGACCAAAGAUACUGGGAGUACAUUGGCGGCACAGGUUUCAUUGUUGGAUAUCGACGACACCCCCCGCUCUGUUGCGGAUAUCCCCGAAAUUAAGGCCAAACUAAACACGAUUGAUAGUAAGUUGCAGGAGCUUCGCCGUCUUCAAAAGGAGAGAUCAAACACCUUGAUGGAUCUGAGACAGGCCAUUCGUGAUGACGAUAUCUCGAAUGUUUUAGUCCUCAAUAAAGAUAAGGAAAAUAUGGAUGAUCUGUUUAAUCAGGAACUCCAGAAGUUCAAACCGUACCAGGAGAGAAUAGCUGCUACCACAGACAAGCAGAGUUCAUUGAUCAACGAUAUGAAGCAAUCGAUGGCAGAGGUUCUAGAUGAUACAUCUGUCAAAGCAUGCAUGAAGAAGCGGGAGAAAGAUAAAGGCAGUAGACAAACAAAGACAUCACAUUAUUUGGAUGCUUACGAGUCCUGGAAGGCAUACAAGUCCGGCUGUGAGCAAGCGCCUCUUUUCUAUAAGCAGCUUUUGCAAUUUUCCACCAAUUUGAAGUAUAAAAUCGAGAAAUUUGCUGGCGAGAGAGCAAACGAAGGUAAUAGGAUGCUACAGAGCAUUCAAGCCAGAGGCUCGACCGAGCAGGAUCUCCUUAGGCAGAGGAUGAACCAGUCACAAGGUUAUCCACCUCCUCCGGCAUAUACUGAGUCGUAUCCAUCCGGCUAUCAGAGACCAGGCCCAUCGGCCCCAUCGGCCCCAUCGACGUCACUGCCUUAUAUGCCGCCAAAGCCUCCUCUGCCCUCGAAGCCAACCAAUCAGCAGAGUGGAGAUUUCUACAGUACCCCUUCAGCGUACGACCCAUCCUUGUACUCGAAGUUUGGCAACCGUAACUGGAACCAAUGA